AAUAAACAUUAAAAAUUUAAAAAUUAAAAAAAUAAAUAAAUACAAGACACACCUAAAAUAUAAGAACACAGGAAAGCUGAAAGUACAAGAAUGAAAAAAGUUAAAGCCUGGCUGGCUCAGUCUGUGGAGCACAGGACUCUUGAUCUCAGGGUUGUGAGUUCAAGCCCCACGAUGGGUGCGGAGAUUACUUAAAAAUAAAUCUUAAAAAAAAAAAAAAAAAACUUUAGGGACAUCUGGGGGCUCAGUUGGUUAAGCGUCAGACUUCGGACUUCGGCUUGGGUCAUGAUCUCUCAGUUGGAGGGUUUGUGUCCCACGUGUCCGGCUCUGGGCGGAGCCUCGAGCUCUGUGCUAAGCCCGGAGCCUGCUUCGGAUUCUGUGUCUCCCUCACUCUCUGCCCCUCCCCUGUUCACACUCUGUCUCUCUCUCCGCCCCCCCCAAAAUAAAUACACAUUAAAAAAUAAUUUAAAAAAAACUUUACUAAAUUAGUAUCAGACCAACUUGCCUUUAAGGCAUAAAGUACUACUUGAGAUCAAAGAACACCAAGAUCUAAAUAACAAACGAUUCCAUCCACCAGGUUUAGGAGGAAAUGUCGGAUACACCGACUCAGGAAGUAAUAAAUACCCCCUCCUUUAAGAAUUGCUUUAGACUUUAAGAAGCUCUUUGGCAUUUAUUUAUGAAGUUCUCACGUCAAACCUGUGAGAUGGUAGAGGAGGCCUUACCACACCCUUUUUGCAGAUGGGAAGCUUGAGGGUCAGAGAAUCGAAGGACUUGCCUCAGGCACACAACUGCAGCACCCAGGUAAGUCACCGGUCACCUGCCCGGAGGCCGAGGGCUCUUUGCCCUGCCAUCUCGGGGAGGAGAAAGCAUGAAAUCUGGACUGAGGGUGGAAAGGCAAGGCAGGACUCCCAGGGAACAGCAUGGGCAAAGGUCGCAGGUGGAAAAUGCCGAGAGGGCAGUGGGACCGGGCGUCACGGGGCACUGGAGGAGUGGGGAGGGUGCACUCCGGGCGGGUCCAGCGGUACACGGCCACGGCCAGCUUGGCCCGUCUUCCGCACGCCAGCCACUUGCACGAAGCCACGAGGCUGGAUCUCAGUCCCCGGAUGAGGGGCGGAGCCGAGACUCUGGCGGAGGAGCACGCGCUCCGCUCGUGCCCUGUAGCCCACGCCGUGGGAACCUGCGGCCACGCUCGCGACUCGUGGAACCGCCCGCGCGCCCCCAGGCUCCGCGAGUUCUCUGACGUCCCGCACCUUACCCGCCUGGGUCGUUAGCCCUCGCGGGAGGUCCCCUCCAGGUUCAAACCGGACCAGGCGGAGGACCUGAGGAAGACAGACGCCCGGAGGAGGGGUCCCAGAGGCCAGGAGCACUGACCACCGGACCUAUCCGAUCAAACAGGCCAGACCGCUGGCCUUAGUGUGGACCAAGGACACCUCCGCCUUGGCUUUGCCCUCGAGUCCAUGGAGCUGAGACACGACGCCAGCUGCAAGGAGAAUGUGCCCCCCAGGCCUGCGACGCCCCUGAGGCCAGGCAAGAGGCUUGAGCGACGGAGAUUUCCGAAGAGCAGAGGUGUCGGCCGGGGCAGCGGACAUGGCCGGUGGGUGCACGAGUGCCCGGCUGAGAGGGAAGGGCCUGCCACCAUACGCUCCCCGGGGGCAGAGCGGCGCCAGGAGCCCUGCCGGGUCCAGACCAACCUGGCCGGCCCGAGCCUCGUCCUGAAGGACGCAACUGGCCGGCUGGUGAACUCAGGCUUGCAACAGCAGAGCAACCUGCAGACCCCGGCCGGCAGGCCCCAGGGGAGAACCCGAGAGCUUGUCGUCCAGCAGAGUAACCUGAGCAUAAGGGGGACCAGCUUGGCCGAAGGCAGGAGUCACCUCAGCCCCCGCCUCCGGUCAGAGCUUCUGGACAGCUUCUGGCCCCACCUGAUACCCCAGGGAAGCCCUCUAUCCCGAGCGUCGCUGGCUAACCCACCCACCAGCCUGAGACAGUCCCGGUGGCUGGGCACAGACACCCCCUGCCCAGACGUCCAGCCUGCUGCAGGCUUCGCCUCUCUCAGUGGGCACACACUUCCAGGCUCCGGACCCUGGUGUGUCCUGGGGAACUGGCCUCCUAGGCUCAUGGGGGAGCCCCUCACCCUGGAGGACCUGACUGUCCCGGUCCAGAGCCAGGCUCGGGCCCCAUCCCAGACUUCCAUCCACCAGCUGCUGGCCUCUGUGCGACACCUGGAGCACGAGGUAGCCCGUCUCGGGUGCCGGGCCUCCCAGGAACCCCCAGGCCCUGCUCACCGGGACCCCUGGACCAGCAGUGGCCGGGCCCUCCCUGCCCCCCGCCAGCCCGGCCAGCCUGUUCUUGCAUCCUGGGAGGGGAGGGAGAAACCCGUGCGAGGCCUCAGGGAAACUGCGGAUUUCCCAGGGACACAGGGGGCCCAGGCUGGCCUCUCAGACAGUCGGGCAAGCAGUAAGCCUGCGUCACUGGAGGCCACGCUGAGGAUGCCGACAGGGGAUUUCCUCGACCCUAAGCAGGGGGCCCUUCUGGCCAACCCCGCGAGGCAAGGAGAGAACUUCUCCCCGGGGCCUACAUAUGGCAGCAGGCCGAAGAGGGACCCUCGGCUCCCUCCAGGGGUGGGUAACAGGGAAGCCAGACCCUGCUCUUCAGCUUGCUCCCGUGCUGCCUGGGGCGGCCCACCUGGGCAGGAAGGAAGGGAGGUGGCCCUGCAGGAGCUGGUCAGCAAGGAGGAGGAGAGGACAGCUUCCUGCCCACCAGAUGCAGCCCCAGCAAGGAGCGCCCUGCAGAACAAAGCCCGAAACGUUGGGAGCCUGGAGUCCGGGAUGGCCCGAUGUUUCAGAGCCUGGUGGCAUCGGGUGCGGAAGCGGCGGGCCGUGGCUGCGGCGGUGGCCCUGGGCCGCCGGCGGCUGUUGCGCAGGGGCCUGCGGGCGCUUCGGUGGGCACUGCGGCUCCGGGAGGCCCAGCUGGAGGUGGCAUGGAAGCGACACACUCAGGCCCUGCUGGCCCAGAGCUUCCGAAAGUGGAGAAACCAGACUCUGCAGCAGAAGCAAGGGCAGCCCCGUGUCCAGGCUGGGCCGGGACCCCCACCGUCUGGGACGGGCCAAGGCCAGAGCCCCUCAGGAAGGGAGCCGGUGGCAGACCCCGCCUGGAGAAGCAGUCCAGGGAGUCAGAGGGAGGAGGCGGGAGCCUGGCCGGGACCAGAUGGAGGCGACGGAGAAGUACAGAUGCUUCAGGCCUUGCAGCAACUGGCUGGCUUCCUCUUAUGGUGCCAUCAGAAGGAAUGGGCCAGGCAGGAGAGGAGGGUCCAGGGAGAGGCCUCCAGGGCCACGCUGAGGACUCAGAGGAAGGGGAGACGCCCCCAGGCCCGGUGCUCUCAUGCUGCAGACGCACCCAAGGUGGGCUCGCUGGACACCCAGCAGCAGAGAGCCUGGCUCGGCAGGUGCUUUGGGGCCUGGCAGCAGUUUGUGCAAAGAGGGGCCCGGUACCGGGGCCUGGCUCACCGCCGGGCCAGGACCCUGAGGAUAUGUCUGCAGCAGUGGGUGCGAAUGAAGCAGCUCCAGGCCUCAGAUGGAGCGAAGGUGACCCAGCUGUCCCUCUGCCGGCAGAAGGCAGGGAACGUGGCCCUCUGCAGCUCAGCCCCUGGCGUGGCCACAGCCCAAGGCCUGGGGACGAUGGCCCAGGUGCAAGGUGGCAGCUCCCUGCGGGAAGCCUGCCGGAGACUGGCCCUCCGCCGGGCGCUGCUGCUCUGGAGGACGCGGCUCUCCCAGCGUCGGGAGGCUGACUCCUUCCUCCAGGGCAUGCGGCAGCAGAUGAUUCGGCGUAUCCUGAAGGGCUGGUGCCUGAGGGCCUGGGGUCCAGGCACCCCGUCAGACAGUGCCAGGACCACCUUGGCCCCGGAGCUCCUGGGCAGCAUCCCGGGGGGGGAGGACUUGCCGGGCUGCAGCACACCCCGAAGCUCACUAGAGAAGGUUUCCAGGGCCCCCACCCUCCUGGAGACGCUCCGGCUGAGCUUUGUGUGGGCAGCUGGGCGGCAGCAGAAGAGGCGGUGCCUUCUGCUCUGGCAGGUGCGGGCACAGCAGUCCCGGAGGGCAGCGAGGUGGCACCGGUGUACUCUUCGGAGGCGCAUCCUUCUCGGCUGGAGCCACUGGGCAACAGCCCAAGGGGCCCAGAGAGAGCUGGCUGUUGGCUGGGCCUGGGAGCGGAGCUGCAGGGCCGCACUGGGCUUGUGGCGGCGGCGGCUGGCACAGAGGCUGCAGGCAGAGCGGUGCGUUCGGGCCCGGGGUCGCACACUGGUCCGGGGCGCCCUGCACCGCUGGCACGGCUGCUGGCAGAGGCGGCAGCUCCUGCACGAAAAGUACCAGCAGUGGGUGCAGGUGCAACUCCAGGGCCUGAGGAGGUCCGUGUUCCGGGACUGGCGACGGGCAGCAGCUCAUCGGAGACGCACAGCGGCCCCGCCAGAGCAGCCCCUACUGCAGAGCCAUUUCCAGGCCCCGUGUGGAGUUGUGAGAGACACAGGGGUGUUCCCAGCCACCAGAGCCUUUCGGGAUGGCCCGAGAAGGGCCCUGGGGACCACAUUUUCCAUAUGGCGGGAAGCCGGAGCAGCCAAAGCCUGGGCACAGGAGCAGCAUGUGGCCCGGGUCCCCGUGACCCACUGGAGAAGCCGUGCACGGGGGGGCCCGACGGACGGGCAGCUGAGGAGGGUCCUAGAGGCCUGGGCCCAGGCAGCAGCCAGGGGCCGUGUCCGGGGAGCCGCCAUCACCCAGUUCCGGCAGGCUGCGUCCAGACGCCUCCUGUGGACCUGCUGGGCCCAGUGGCGGGCAGUGCUGCUCAGUGGGCAAUUGGAACCACAGGAGGCAGAGGCCCAGGAGGCCUGCCCGGUUGACCGCAGGCAGCGGCCCGGGGUGGCCAGCAGAGGGCGCCUCCUAGCACUGAUGGACACUCCAGCCCCGUGGAAGCAGACCCACCGCUGCAGGACGCGGCCCAGCCCAACGCGGCACCACAGUGGCGGUGGACCGAAGGAGCAGAGAGAGAUGUCCUGGGCUCAGAGUGACAGAGAGCCUCGCCUCUGCCGUGCCUUCCAGGUCCAGCUGCAGUGGCCUGGACGCACCAGCCAGGCCCAGGGCCCGCCGCCCGGAAAACCAGGAGGGGACUGCAGCUCUGAGGCCAGUGUCCUCAAAGGCCAAGGCGUGGCCGCUGAGAGGCAGCUGGGCCGGGGCUUGCCUGAGCCACGGCCGGAGCUGGGCUCUUUCUGGCCGGCGCUCAUUCCUGGAGGAUCCUGGGGGAUCCGUGGCGCUGCCCUUCUACCUGGUCAUGAAGGGCUCGUGACGGUCUGGGCUGUCGGGGUGCUCAGCAGGGCCUCACCCCACCAGGAGGAGGUACCUGCAGCGCUGGCACCUUGAGGCCUUGCUUCGCCGGCUCCAGGGCUCCCAGCAGGCCAGGUGCCUGGCGGCAACAUGGCAGCACUGGGUGGACGCUCAGGGAGAGGAGCAGCUGGCACGGACGCUGCUCAGGCAGUGGCACCUGAAGCGGGCCUGGCGCGUGUGGCGGCGGCGAGUCCUGCGGCUGCGGGCGGCUCGGCGAUUGCAGCAACAGGAAGGCGGCCGGGUCCUUUCCCAGCGUGGGAACAAGGCUCAGUCACAGCACAGCUGCCACUCAACGCCAGCCCACGCUGGGACUUUGAGAAGUGGUGCCAACAGCUGGCAGCCAGGGGCCGGAAGAGAGGAGCCACCGGCAGCCCGGUACCCCCUGAGCAAGGCGGGCAUCGGGAGCCCUGGGAGCAGGCUGGAAGCUGCUGGAGUGGACCACUGCCCAUGCCCGCUACCCAGGUUCGCUUUGCCAUCCCCGUGGGUCCCAAGUGCAAGGUCACUGGCAGCCCCAGGAGGGGGGUGCUUCUCACCAAAGAGCACUAG